CAUAGUAUAUGAAUAUGAUGGUUCCCAGCAGCUGAGCUCACGUCGCCAAUGGCUUUCUUCGCCGCCCUCUCCAUUCUGCCGCCCUUGUUUUCUACUCUUUCAACCCCCUUUAAACCCUCUUCCUUUUUUCUGCUGAGUAUUCCCUCCUCCGUCAGGUCUAUGAGGUCAUCAGUGGUCGCUAUGGCUCCCGAUGAAGAGAAGAUGACCCGCCGUUCGCCCCUCGAUUUCCCCAUCGAGUGGGACAGGCCGAAGCCAGGAAGGAGACCAGAUAUAUUUCCUCAGUUCAGUCCCAUGAAGACUCCACUACCCCCACCAAUGCCUGCUGAUCCUCCUGAAGAAGACGAAGAAGAUGAAGAAGAGAAAAAAGAGGAAGAGGAGGAGAACGAGGAGGAGAAUCCGGACAAGGAAGACAAGUGAUAUGUUCUACUACUACUCUUGCACUUGAAGAAUGACUCUUUUCUGGUGCAGAUUAUAUUUGAGCGACGACGAUGAUUGGUUUCUGAGGGUAGAAGACAUCGGAAUGUAAAGUUGUGUUUGUAGGGUAUGCUUGUCAUCCUGUGUGUUUACGUCUAUGUAUCUCUAUAAAACACAUUAUAUUCUUCUUGUUACAGUAGAAGAUAUGUGCUUUUAUUUGA